GCCGCGUUCAGGCCUGACAAGUGAGAGCAAGCCGGCUAUAAGGGGAACUAAGAACUACCGUGUGAUAACAAAGAGGCUGUGAAAUAAACAGGAGACGGACAGCCUAACAGUAAAAGCCCUCCUGGAGAGGCAGAGUUUAACGGAAACACCCUCUACCGUUCAUUAGUGCCGGUAACGGAAAGCUCAUCAUGGGAGGGAGAAAGCUGGGGCUGAUUUCUCUCGUCUGCCUUGUUCUGGCAAUGUUGCCUUCUUACACAGUGUCUGUAGCGGUCAUGUCUGUGGACCUGGGCAGUGAGUGGAUGAAGAUGGCCAUAGUGAAACCUGGUGUACCCAUGGAGAUUGUUCUAAACAAGGAGUCGAGGAGGAAAACACCCAUGGCUGUUUGUCUGAAGGAAAAUGAGAGGCUUUUUGGAGACAGUGCUCUGGGAGUGUCUGUGAAGAACCCCAAGACUGUUUAUAGACACCUCCAAAGCCUCCUGGGCAAAAAACACAACAAUCCCCAGGUGGCGCUCUACCAGAAACGUUUCCCUGAGCAUGAGCUACAGAAGGACCCGGUCAGAGGAACAGCCUUCUUCAAAAACUCAGAAGAGAUGCAGUUCUUACCUGAGGAGCUCCUCGGGAUGGUGCUUAAUUAUUCUCGCGGUCUGGCUCAGGACUUUGCAGAACAACCAAUCAAGGAUGCUGUGAUCACCGUCCCAGCUUUUUUCAACCAGGCUGAGCGCAGAGCCGUCCUGCAGGCUGCACAGAUGGCGGGGCUAAAGGUUCUCCAGCUCAUCAACGACAACACCGCUGUGGCCGUGAACUAUGGGGUCUUCAGGAGGAAAGAUAUCGACAACACAGCUAAGAAUGUGAUGUUCUAUGACAUGGGCUCAGGCAGCACCACCGCCACCAUCGUCUCUUAUCAGACGGUGAAAACCAAAGACGCGGGCACGCAGCCGCAGCUACAGAUCCGAGGUGUCGGGUUCGACCGUGGGUUAGGAGGAUUUGAAAUGGACCUGCGACUCCGGGACCACCUAGCUAAACUUUUCAAUGAGCAGAAGAAGAGCAAGAAAGACGUGAGAGAGAACCACCGGGCCAUGGCCAAGCUCCUCAAAGAGGCUCAGAGGCUCAAGACUGUGCUCAGUGCUAACAUUGACUUCAUGGCUCAGGUAGAGGGUUUGAUGGACGACAUUGACUUCAAAUCGAAGGUGACCCGAGCAGAGUUUGAAGAGCUGUGUGCAGAUCUUUUUGAGAGAGUACCGGGCCCCGUGCAGGAAGCUCUCACUGCUGCAGAGAUGAAGAUGGAUGAAAUUGAGCAGGUGAUUUUAGUUGGUGGAUCGACUCGUGUCCCGAAGGUUCAGGAAGCUCUCCUCAAAGCUGUGGGAAAAGAGGAGUUGGGCAAGAACAUCAAUGCAGAUGAGGCUGCAGCCAUGGGCGCCGUUUACCAGGCUGCAGCUCUCAGCAAGGCCUUCAAAGUCAAACCGUUCCUGGUCAGAGAUGCUGCUGUCUUCCCCAUUCAGGUGGAGUUCACCCGUGAGACAGAGGAGGAGGGGGUCAAAACCCUCAAACACAACAAACGAAUCCUCUUCCAGAGGAUGGCUCCCUACCCACAACGCAAGGUCAUCACGUUCAACCGCUACAACGACGACUUCUCCUUCGACAUCAACUACGGCGACCUCAGCUUCCUGAGUCAGGAGGAAAUCAGUGCCUUUGGCUCUCUGAACCUGACCACAGUCAAACUGUCUGGAGUAGGCAGCAGCUUUCAGAAGCACACAGACGCCGAGUCCAAAGGCAUCAAAGCUCAUUUCAACAUGGAUGAGAGCGGCGUGCUGCUGCUGGACCGGGUGGAGUCUGUUUUUGAAACGAUUGUGGAGGAGAAAGAAGAGGAAUCAACAUUAACUAAGCUGGGUAACACUAUUUCCACGCUGUUUGGAGGAGGAUCAUCAGAACCAGCACCCAAUGUAACUGAACCUGUCCAGGAUGAAGAGGAAGUACCUCCAGAAGCAGGGAAGGAAGGUAAGGACGAGGACAGUAAGGAAGACGCCCAGAAGGACGAAGCUGCCAAAGAGAAGCAGGAUGGUUCAGAGAAAAGUGCUGGGGAAGAGAAGAGUCAGGAGAAGACCGAGGAAACAGACAGCAAGGCCGAUAUGAAGGAGGAGAAGGAGGGAGAAAAGUCUGCAAACACGGAGGGAGACAAAAAUACAGAGAAGAAGGCCAAACCACAGAAAAAGAGCAAGAUCUCUGAGGACAUCACAGCAGAACUGGUCAUCCAUGAUAUCCUCAACCCCUCUGAGGACGACGUCAACUCCUCCAAGAAGAAGCUGCAGGAUUUAACAGACAGAGAUCUGGCCAAACAGGAAAGAGAGAAGACUCUGAACAGCCUGGAAGCCUUUAUCUUUGAGACUCAGGAUAAGAUGUACCAGGAUGAUUACCAGCUGGUGGUGUCUGAGGAAGAGAAGGAGCAGAUCUCCAGGAAGCUGAGCGAGGCUUCAGAGUGGAUGGACGAGGAAGGAUACACAGCCACCACCAAACAGCUGAGAGAGAAGCUGUCUCAGCUGAAGAGCCUGUGUAAAGACAUGUUCUUCAGGGUGGAGGAGCGCCGCAAGUGGCCCGACCGCCUGGCUGCGCUGGAGAGCAUGCUCAACACCUCCACCUUCUUCUUAAGGAGCGCCAAACUGAUUCCAGAGGAUGACCAGAUCUUCACUGAAGUUGAGCUGAACAUGUUGGAAAAAGUGAUCAAUGAAACAACGACGUGGAAGAAUGAAACGGUAGCAGAGCAGGAGAAACGCUCCCCUAAGGAACGACCUAUCCUGCUAUCUAAAGACAUCGAGUCCAAACUGUCUCUGCUGGAUCGAGAGGUCAACUACUUGCUCAACAAAGCUAAAUUUGCAAAGCCCAAGUCUAAACCCAAACCCAAGAACAGCACCAGCUCGGAUAAAAGCAACAAGACCAACGACACGGCGGAGGAGAAAGUCAUCCCUCCUACGGAGGAGAGCUCAAAGAGCGAAAGUCCAGAGGAGGCACAGCCAGGUGAAGCCCCGCCCACAGAGGAGAGCACUGAACACAAAGACUCAGACAGCCAAUCAGAGAAGGAAACAGAAGAAACAACUACAGGACCAACAGAGAAGACCCAACCUGGAGACCACAUAGAAUUAUAACAGCUGGAACUGGGAAAACAAAUCACUAUAUUUAUUGACAGUGUGUAAAUGUUCAAGGUCCUUCUCUCUUAGUUUGUUUUCAUCCCCGGUAACUGAACUGCUUGAACUUGAUUGGAGAAGCAACAGCGACUGCUCAUCUUCCACCUCCACUCCCUUUUUUUUUGUGUGCGGCUCAUCCCGUCUGUCGCUCCUGGAUUCUGUGAGAACACAACGGAGAAUCAGGUUUACAUGAAUGAUGCCUGUGAUGGAUGGAGAUCCAGACCACGCCAAGCCCUGAAAUGAUGACAUCACACACAGGUGUAAACGCUGGUCGGCCAUAUUGAAACAAAUAAGUGGCUUAUACACUGUUUUUUUAUCAUUCUGCUUUCUCCUCUGCACUGUUACUUUAGCACUGUCUGUAGAUAGAAGGACUCUGUUAGACCUGAACCGCCUCUGACCCUUCCUGCCCUGAAAAAGUCAAAUCUCCAGCUGGCGACACACUUGAGGAUAUUUAAAUCCACAAUCACAGGAGCUCACAGCCACAGAGACAGUUUAAUGAUUUUAAUGUCAUAAUCCUCUGAAUUCACACUCUAGACCACUGGUUCUCACCUGAUCAAGGUUUAGGACCCAAUUUACAGACAGCUCCAACCACUCAGAUGUGUUUGGUGUAAAAUCCUGCUGUUUGGAUCAUAGAUGGAACAAAAACGGGGGACAGGACUAAACAAACACAUUUAAUGUUUACAGACGUCCUGGGAGCACAUGCAUCUAUCCAGAGGAUUUUACACUGUUUCCUGUUGUUUUUCAAGAAUUAAGAUCAUGGUUAUUCCAAGAUCACAGACUAAAAAAAGUCAAAAUCAAACGGAAAUAACCAAAAUGUACAUGUUAUCAAAGUUAAAUGGAGUAAACUGAAAUAUAGAUGUUUACAUCUGUGACCCACUAAAACAUCACUGUGACCCACUUUUGGGCCCCGACCCACCACUUAGGAACCACUGCACUAGAAGAUGCAGCUGAACGGUGAAACCACAUGCCUGCUGUCAGUAUCAGCGUCACGGUGGAGAUUCUACACACGUUACAGCAGAAGAAAAUAAAUAUUAAAGGUGGAUUGGCACUGUUGGCCCUGCUGUAUGUUUGGUAUCCGACAUUAUAAAGGCACAUGCUGCUCUUUUUCCCUUCA